AUGACGGAGGACAUCAAGAGACUCGAGGCUGAGGCCGUCUCUCUCCGCAAGGUUGCCUUCUUUGGAGUUGCUAUCUCCACUAUGGCCACACUUGUCUGCGUUGUCUCAGUUCCAUUACUCUACAACUACAUGCAACACAUGCAAUCAGUUAUGCAAACUGAAGUUGACUUCUGCAAAUCUCGUUCUGGAAAUAUUUGGAAGGAAGUCACCAGAACCCAGGUCUUAGCUAGAGUCUCCGGCGGAGCCGUUCGUAGCCGUCGUCAAGCCGGUUACACCAGUGAAGGUGUAGAAGGAAGUUCUUAUCAAACUGGCGGAGGAUGCUGCGGUUGCGGAGUCAGCGCACAAGGACCACCAGGACCACCAGGAGAUGAUGGAAGUGAUGGAUCUGAUGGAGAACCAGGAGUUCCAGGACGCGACGGACCAGAUGGAUACGGACCACCACCAACCCAAGCUUACGUCAACUGGUGCUUCGAAUGCGACACUGCUGCCCCAGGACCAGCCGGAAACCCAGGACCAAAGGGACCUAACGGAAACCCAGGAGCUCCAGGAAAAGAUGCCGAUGGAGGAAGCCGCGGACCACCAGGACCACCAGGACCACAAGGACCACCAGGAUCAGACGGACAACCAGGAAACGGUGGAGCUCCAGGAGCCCCAGGACAAGUCCGCGAUGUCCCAGGCCCACAAGGACCACCAGGACCAGCCGGACCACCAGGACCAGGAGGACCAGACGGAUUCCCAGGAACACCAGGAAACCCAGGAUCCGAUGGAUCUCAAGGACCACCAGGAGACAACGGAUCCGAUGGACAACCAGGACAACCAGGAGGACCAGGAGAGAAUGGUCCAGAUGGAGAUCAAGGACCAUCCGGAGGUUGCGACCACUGUCCACCACCACGUACUGCUCCAGGAUAUUAA